AUGGGAGGGAUCAGUGAGGCGGCGGUGAAUAAAGAUUAUCUAAUUGCGGUGUCAUGCGUGUGCUACGUGUGCACGUAUGGCUCUCAUGACACUUCUGGGUAG